AUGGAAGCAUUGGUGACGUUCCUCCUCACUGGAUCUCUGAUACAAGGUGUUUUUUGUGGCUACAAUAUCAAUCUGCCGAAGAAAGUAGAAGUUCUGAAAGGAUCCUGUGUUUUCAUCCCCUGCACAUUUGAUAUUGAUCAACAACUUAAAAAUUACCUCACUGAUAGUGCAAAGAGAAAGUGGUUUAAAGUCGGAAGAAGUACAGCUGUGUUUGACUCCAGCAGCCCCAACACUGGACUGUUAAAAGGAGAAAUAUUUGGCACCGCUACACAGAAAAACUGCACCACACGCUUCGAUAAUGUUGAUCAGAGUCAUGAAGGCUCAUAUUACUUCAGACUUGAAGCCAAUGGUGAAUUGCAAUAUAGCUACUCAGCUACACACUCCCGAGUUCAAAUUACCGUCUUAGGAUCUCCCCCCAGACCCACACUGAGCAUCUUUCCGGAUCAGCAGGAGACGACUGAGGGAAGUUCAGUGAGUCUGCGCUGCUCUACUAAGAUCUUCUGUCCAUCUCGUCCACCAUCUCUCACAUGGAGCUCAUCUCUCAUCGAGAGCAUCACAGGACAGCAGUACUACUCAUACAAAUAUUCCAAAUACUUAAAGUCACUUGUUUUGCACAAUGCUCCUAAAAACACAUCGGUGAGGAUAAAUCCAGCUGGUUUAGUUCUGGAGGGCCGUUCAGUGACUCUGAUCCGCAGCAGUGAUGCAACCCCAGUGGUGCACUACACCUGGUACAGAGACUCUGAAAGACCUCUGAAUCCAGUUCAGACCGGAUCAAACCUGACCAUCAACAACACCGACCCGACACACAGCGGACGAUAUUACUGUACAGCUGAGAACACACACGGCACACAGAACUCAUCAGUGCUACUGGACGUCCAGUAUGCUCCAAGAAACACAUCGUUGUCAGCGUUUACCUCCAGCUCAGUGAUGGAGGGCGAUCCAGUGACUCUGAUCUGCAGCAGUGAUGCAAACCCAGCAGAGCUCAACUACACCUGGUACACAGAGACGGGAUCUCAAUUUGAGCUCCUCCAGACUGGACAUAAUCACACCUACAUUGUGACAAACCCUACAUACGGUGCACGGUAUGGCUGUAAAGUUGCACCCAAAAUCUCCAGCUCUUGCAGCCGAAGCAGUGUAAUGGCAUGUGUCUGUGAGGCUCAUGGGAAUCCCUGCCCUACACUAGAGUGGCGUCUGUCCGGAUAUGUGCUCGCUAACUCUACAGAAACCUCCAUCAGUGAGGAGACGUUAGGAAGCACAGGAGUGAAGAGCGUCCUGAACAUCCAUCAGUCCCUCACAGACACGGACGUCCUACAGUGUUUCAGCACAAAAAACCACGGCAGCUGCAGCCAACAGUUUCAGGCCGCCCCACCGCCACAAGACACACGUUUCCAUCAUCCGUCGGUACUGCUCGGAGCUGCUGUCGGUGCGUCAGUGAUGAUGAUCGUGUGCAUCGUGAUGCUCUGCUAUGAACGAAGAAGGAAAGAAAAACCUUCAGAACCCAGACAAGACGACAGAUCUGGACUCAUUCUGACUCAAACAGCCGUUUCUCUGGAUAAUGACAGUGAGUUUGUUUAUGCCAAUAAAGGCAUGCGGUCAUCCACGGCACCGAGUGCACCUGAAUCUCUUCAUUAUUCCUCCAUCGACUUCACAAACGCUGACCCGCCGUCAGCAGAGAUCAGGGGCAUCGCCUCGCUGACCAGUGAAUACGCUGCGGUCCGACAGCGUCCUGCAGGAGCCGCAGACGCAGAGAACAACACCUCAACAUCUGAGACAGAGCCCAAAAAACCAGACAUGACAGCAAAGAUCCCGGACACGUCCUCACCGGCAUCAGAAGACGUGAUUUAUGAAAACAUAUGA